CGAGGACCGCCCCCUCCCGGGGGGCUCUCUCGGUGCGCAGCCGCGGCGGCGGGGCGGGGCGGGGCCGCGAACUCUGACCCCCGGCUCGGGAGCCGCCGCCGCCAAAUAAAGCCGCCGCCGGAGCGCCGCUGGGCCCCGCAGGUUCAUCCAUAGGAUCGAAAAAUAAUAACUCCAAGGCUCAUCGCACAACAGUUUAUAGAGUUGUGGGAAAAUAUGGGAGACUUCGGAUGGCUUAAGUCGAUGUAAAUUCUUUUGCUGUGGAAAACGGUGACCCUACAAUUCCACUCCACCACUGGUGCAGGAGUAGCAUUUGUAUGGAAAUUCUGGUGAUUAAGGAUCAUGGCAACCAUAGAGGAACUGGCCCAUCAAAUUAUUGAGCAGCAAAUGGGAGAGAUUACCCAUUCCCAAGGAGCUGUUACACCAACACUAAUGGAUGGGACAGCACAACGAAUACAGAUCGUACCUUCAGAUUCAGGCCUCUCUUUACCACAGCGUAUACAGAUUGUCACAGAUCAGCAGACGGGCCAGAAGAUUCAGAUUGUUACAGCACUUGAUCAGAGCUCAGCAGGCAAGCAGUUCAUCUUAACAAAUCAUGAUGGCUCUACCCCAAGCAAGGUGAUCCUUGCCAGACAAGAUUCCACUCCAGGAAAAGUAAUCCUAGCAACUCCAGAUGCUGCAGGUGUCAACCAACUGUUUUUUGCAUCCCCUGAUAUAUCUGCACAACACAUCCAGAUUUUAACAGACAACUCUCCCAAUGAACAGGCCCUAAAUAAAGUGUUUGAUCUGUGUGUUGUAUGUGGAGACAAGGCAUCAGGGCGUCACUACGGAGCGGUAACUUGUGAGGGAUGCAAAGGAUUCUUUAAAAGGAGCAUACGCAAGAAUUUGGUUUAUUCAUGUCGAGGAACAAAAGACUGUGUUAUCAACAAACACCACCGGAAUCGAUGUCAGUACUGUAGGCUGCAGAGAUGCAUAGCAUUUGGAAUGAAACAAGACUCUGUGCAGUGUGAGAGGAAACCUAUUGAAGUGUCAAGAGAAAAGUCUUCAAACUGUGCAGCUUCUACAGAGAAGAUCUACAUUCGGAAAGAUCUUCGCAGUCCAUUAGCUGCAACUCCAACUUUUGUAACAGACAAUGAUACAGCAAGGUCGACAGGUCUGCUGGAAUCAGGAAUGUUUGUUAACAUUCACCAGUCUGGGAUAAAAAGUGAGCCUACUGUGUUGAUGACUCCAGAUAAGGUUGAAGCCUGUCAGGGAGAUUUAAGUACACUGGCAAAUGUGGUGACAUCGUUAGCAAACCUCGGUAAAUCCAAAGACAUGUCACAAAGCAGUACAGAGCUAUCUAUGAUUGAGAGUUUAAGUAAUGGAGAUGCAUCAUUAUCUGAACUCCAGCAAGAAGAACAAGCUAGUAGUGAUGUUACAAGGAGUCGCUGCCCCACCUCAAGGGAUACUAAGGAUGGUAUUGAAAGCAUGGCAUUUGAUACCCUUGCAAAAGCAUUAAAUCCAGGAGAGAGUGCAGCGUGCCAGAACUCUGACAGUGUCGAAGGCAGCGUCCAGCUGAUCGGGGGAGAAACAAGCAUGAAUAUCGUCGAAAUAGAGGGGCCACUGCUCAGUGAUGCCCAUGUAGCAUUCAGGCUCACCAUGCCUUCUCCUAUGCCUGAAUAUCUUAAUGUUCACUAUAUCUGCGAGUCUGCCUCCAGGUUGCUGUUCUUGUCCAUGCACUGGGCGCGUUCCAUUCCAUGUUUCCAAGCUUUAGGACAGGAUAACAGCAUAUCAUUAGUAAAAGCCUGCUGGAACGAACUUUUUACGCUUGGUCUUGCACAAUGUUCACAAGUUAUGAAUGUGGCGACUAUGUUAACUGCAUUUGUUAAUCACCUUCAUAGCAGUUUACAGCAAGAUAAGCUGCCAACAGACAGAGGAAAACUAGUAAUGGAGCAUAUCUUCAAAUUGCAAGAGUUCUGUAACAGUAUGGUUAAGCUUUGCCUGGAUGGAUAUGAAUAUGCUUAUUUGAAAGCAAUCGUACUCUUCAGUCCUGAUCAUCCAGGUCUAGAAAAUGUGGUACAGAUUGAGAAAUUUCAAGAAAAGGCUUACAUGGAGUUCCAAGACUAUGUAACAAAAGCAUAUCCAGACGAUACUUACAGACUGUCUAGACUCCUUCUCCGAUUGCCUGCGCUUAGGCUGAUGAGUGCUGCCAUCACCGAGGAGCUGUUCUUUGCAGGACUAAUUGGAAACGUUCAGAUUGAUAGCAUCAUCCCGUAUAUCCUGCGAAUGGAGACAGCGGACUAUAACUCUCAAAUAAUUGGUCAUGCCGUAUAAAAGUAGCAAUCAAGGAUUCUGCACCAUGGCAGUCAUGGUGAUGUAAAUGCAUACCCUGUCUCCAAGAGAUGGCAAUAAGCCUUCACAUGCACCUAUCUAAAGAAGGCGAAUAUUCCUCCUUUCCAGUACACUUGGGAAAUGUGGUGGAGUGUCUUAAGGAAUAUUGGACAACUUCCUAUUUUUCACCUGAUCUUCAAAGACUUGUAAAUUAACUUGAUAUCUGAAGAAAGUCAAGAAUUGUCCAUCCUAUUUUUGUAGAUAGAUGAACUUGGAAUAUUUGUUUAUGAAGUCCAGGCUUGUGAAGAAAUUGAAGAAGCUUUGACUGAACUAAGGUAUCUCAACUUAGUUUCAUGUUUUAGACAAAUAAAUUAACUUUCCUCUCUGAGCUGUGUUUUCAGUGUUUUGCUGCUAGUUCUUUCUCACUGAAUAAACAGAGAAUACGUGAUCAAACAUCUUGAAAAGGCCAGUAUUUCCAUGGAAAUGAGACCUUUAUAACCAAACUUAAAUUUUUGCUGUUGUUUGGAAGAAAAACGAAUUUCUUGUUGAAUGAAACAUUGGUACCAUUACAAGUGAAGGGAAGGUAGAGGAAUUUCACAUUUUAAAAAUAUUCUGCUGACAUUUUGAUGCAAUUGAUCAAAAGUGAAGCUGCAAAGGGUCAGUACUGACUGCUAUGUAGAUGCAAAUGAAUACUGUGCUGUACUAUUAUGUAUUGGUAGGUAUCAGCUGUUUUUUACCAUGAAAAACUACAAAGUGUUUACUGUAGGUAUUCAAAGAGCAGCCUCCUGCUUAUUCUGGUCUCACAUGUUCAAGCUUUUUCACACUACCCCGCCCCCUUUCAUACUCAGCACACAAGGAUGGAGGCAUUCGAGAUGCCUCUUAACUUUAUUCGCUCUAAGAAACAAAUUGUGUUUAGAGUUCUUUGUGUGUGUUCAUGUUGUUAUUCUUGCAUAGGAUUUGGAAAUUAUUUUUGUUGUUAGCUUUUAGCUGUCUAGCUGUCUUUUUCCAACCAGUCUCGUAUGAUUAUUUUUUAAAUUUAAAUUAGACAAAUUCAAAUAUAACAGGCUCCCUCCCUCUAGAAGCCUGGCCUCUGCUGCUUUUCCUUUCCUUGUUAGAAAUGGGCCUAGAUACUUUAUAUAUGUUGUGUGAAUCAUACUCCAUGGCUCCUUCUAAGGGUGGAUUCAGAUGCUUUUCUCUCUUGAGGCAUGUGCCUCAUUGUCAAGUAAUGCUCUAACAUAUGGUUGUUCCCUGCUUCCUUUUGCUGCAGGAAGCUGUACACCCCUAGCACAUUUAAUAGCUGUUGCUUAAAAUUAGAGAAGGAUCCUAGUAAAAGUGAUGGUCUACUGCUGACACUUGGGAUUAUCUAAAUCUCGGAUCAAGGCCCAGUUCUAUUUACCCAGCACUUUUAUUUCUCUGGCAGCACUGGGUGAAGAAGAGCAUCACCCAAUUGCUUAGCCAAAAGAUUCCCUUAAAGGGAGGCCUUUGCCCAGCCUGUACCAGCCGCUCCGAAGCCACCCUAGCAUUGAAGGACUACUAGAUGAGGCUUGGGUGAGUUCUGUGUUUUUUUUCUCAGCACCCGAGGCUCUCAGCCAUCCAAAAAGAAUCAGAGAACAGUCACUGACACUGAAUCACUGUGAUCUUUUUUAAUUCUACUAACAGAUUUGUUUGGAUCUUCCUCUGCCCAAGCUCUAUAAUCAGAGGCUGUUCUACAGAAUCAGCCAUAUACAGUACCACAGACCGUAACAGUUGGUGCUGAGGACCUCUGAUGGGGUGGAAUCAUCUCCCCUGCUCUCACUUGGCACAUGACAAAUUCCAGGAGGGCAGCCUUCAGUGCUGGAGCUGGCCAUGGUGCCUGACCCCUCCCUCGUUCCACCUUUAGAAAGGCGCAGGAUUAGGCUCUCCAUUUGUGUUCCCUGGAGUUCAUGAAGAACGAAGACGUCUUUUCUGUAUCCCAGGAAACAUGCCCCACUAUCUGUGAAAAUGUGAGCGACAACUGCUGCCAACAUGCUGCGCUUGUUCUCGUCCCAGUGGUUACGGGCUCAUCUUGCCAUCUGUAGGAGGACCAAGUUGCAGACGGGACCAUACAUCAUUCUUCAGUUCAGCUUGCAGAAAUUUGAACCCUGUUUUCCAGCCCCGUGUUAUCCCUAACCCACUCCGGGCCCUAACAGGGACAGGAGAUUUACCCCUGUUAAACCUUUUAAGGAAGCUGACAGGAGUUUACUCCUGAAUAUUUUGGAGGUGUUUUCCUGGGCAUUCCAAUCUUGGAAGAAUUUUAUGCCAGUUUUCUCCAGCUUUGUGUAACCCAGAUUAACAGCAAGAUGGAAAUAAAAGCUUGUUUUCCUUCUAAAUGCACCUGACUGUGCAAAAAUCUCUCGCAUCCUUGCAGAUUUUUUUACUCCAGAGUUUGAGCCUCAGGCAUGAUAAGCAGUUCCUUGUUUACAGCUGCCCAAAAGAUUGGGCUGAUGUGGCUUCUUGCAUGAUACUGUCUAGCUACAGAAACAGCUGAGAAAACACCAGUGUUUAUACAGGUGUAAAUCCGUAGGGACUGAAUUCCAAAUCACGUAUAUCUUUGACAGAGCAGUGUUUUGGAGAACAUGGCCACAGAACCUUAUUUUCUCCUGAUUUUUUCUUGCUUCCUCUUUGUGGCCCAUUGUGCCCUAGUAGACAAGUUAGCCUACUUCAACAAAACGUGGAUUGCCAUCACCACCCACUGCUGGUUCCUUAGGCUGUCUUACCUCAAAAGCAUGAGAACCUUGGUCAUGUUUUACAUCAGACUUGCAGGUGUUUGACAUGUGCUCUUGCUGUUCUUUUUUGAGGCCUGUCACCUCUGCCUGGCAGCAGCAUAUCCAGAUCCCAGUGGCUGACUUUUUCCCCUCACACAUCUCUUACUGCUAUAUUCCUGGCAAAUUCCAGGGCUUCAUCUGGGAUUUUUUAUAAGCGACUUAAAUCAGGAAUUCAACCCCCCCCCCCUUUUUUUUUUCUUAAAUCCUCUCUUUCCAGAUCUCAGUCUACCCUUCCUUCACAUGUUGGGUAGCAAGGGAUUGUCGUCAGUCAUCUUGCUUGCAUGUGACAAGAGACUUUCAGGUGUCUUGAAUCUAGUUAUCUUGACCAGGUGAGAAAUCAAGCAGGACAGCCAUCUCCAAACUCGGUAACAGACUGCAUUACCUCAGUUUGAGAACAGUACAGUCACGUCACCAUCAGCAAUCAGGGUAUCUCAAACUACACUGGGGCUUUGCUCAAUAACACCCGUAUUGCGUCACUGUAAAAAGGACAGUGAGAUCAAGGAAUCUUCAACCAAAUUGCCAAAAAGUGUCUGCCAGCCACCUUGUUCUGAGAAUGUGGGGACAGUGAAUUAGGGGUUGUGUCCUCGUAUAUAUGCCCAUAAAGAAAAGCUUCUUAUCUCAAAGAGAUUCCAGUUACUUUUGUUCAUAUCUGCGAUAACCAUGUAGCCUCUUCCUUCCUAUCUGUGGCUGACAAAAUACGUAAGCUCGGUACUUACUGCCAAGUGAAACAAAAGGGGGAGAUCUGAUGACACACCUGCGGUAUCAUGAGAGCCCAAAAAAAACAUUUCAUGAUCUUGGGUACCUGAUCUGAUGUUUGGACCUCUGUAGAGAUAAUGUGCACAUCUGCAAUGUGUUGCAAAGAGCUCUGGCUACUGGUAAGUAACUUUUUUUUUUCCCCAAAGUUUCUUAAUUUUUUUUCAUCGUAAGUUCAGUGCUGGUUUAAACCUAGGGUACAGGCUGGUCUAUGCUGCCUAGCAAGUGAUCUCUCUCUCCUUUCUUUGUGAUGAUCAAGAAGCUGGCUAGUGCUGGUUAUUGCUUCAACAUUAUUCACUUUUCUUACCAAGAUUUUUUCUUUUGGAUUCUUAAACUGUAAGCUCAUGCUCUUGAUAAGGAAUGAAACGUAACUGGGAUUUCUCAGAAAUAGGAGCUACAGAACAGGUAAAUUACUACAAGGAUGAAGACGCAUUUUUCUCAUUUCUGGCUCUUAUCCAUUGCGGUUAUCUUUGAGAAUAAUGCGGCAUCUUACAGAAAGCCUAAACAAUGAAGUUCUCUUCUGGUUUGGUUUGUCUGAAGAUAACUGUUGCUCAGUUAAAUGGAGUUACCUUCAGCUCAGGCUGUGAACGUUUCGAGCAGCUAUUUUUUAUGCUGACAGGAUCUCACAUAACCACCUGUGUGAUUUAUUAUUUUUAGUCCUGCGAAUAAAUGUUCUUUGCUACUGAACGAAAGGCUGGCAAAUAUUACUGGUUUUUCAUGCUGUUAGUAAGACUGUUGUUCAGCCAACAAAAAUGUAGGCAAUGAAUCUCACUUCACCGUGGAUGUUAAAAUACCUCAUUAUUUUUGUGACCUCCUUCUUUCUCCUUUAAAUUUUGAUUAAACUUUUUGAUCCUCAGCAUUCUGACAAUUUUCAUACCUAUUCAGGACUCAACCAAACUGUGGCAUUUACUAGCCAUAAAAUAAUAAAUUUCUGUGCCAAUAAAAUAAGUUUAUUUUCAAUAGCAUUAAAAUUUUCAAUGCUAAGAGCAAGAAACUGCAUUUUAGUAUAAAUCACAUGAAUUGAAAAACUAUUUUAUACAUUUUAGAAUCCUGUCACUUCAGAUGGGAGCAACGUUGCACAUAAUGAAUUGACUAGUUCGAAACAUUUUCCUUGAAAAUGUGUUGUACAUGUACACAUGGGAUUAGGUUGUUUAUUUCAUACUGGUGGCCUUCCUGGUACAAAUCACUGUUAUGUUUUAACUUUUUGUUUGUUUGUUUGUUUGUUUGUUUUUCUCCAAAAGUGGUUUCAUUGCAAUGCCUUCCGCAGUUAGAAACUUAACCUGUCCACACAUUUCGUCUCUUCUGUGAUUGUCAGGGUCAGCGAAAGUCAGUCACUGCUCUGUUAUUUUGUUCAGCUUCUCUGGUUCCUAGCACAUCAGUUUCAUUGUAAGCAUUAGAAUGUAAUUGUCUGCUGUGGUGUGACAAAAUCACUGUAAAUGUCUUGAAACCUGACUAAAUUUUGGAAAUUCUAUUUUGGGUGUAUUUUUUAAAAUAAAUUGGAACUUUCUAUUAUAGAAAACAAUGGUAAUAACCUAUCACUUUGUUAGUGUUUUAUACGGAUUGUCCUAUAGACCUACAGCAGUGUAUAUGAUUACAAAGAGUUUGUGGAUAUUUCCCUUCUGUUUUACAAUGUAGUAUUGUCAAUUAUAUUCAGUCUCUGGGAUUUGUGAUAGCUGCGGUAUCUCGCUGUUUUCUAGCCCUUGUCGCUAUUAACUCUGUUUCUGUGCUUACUAUUUUCUGCCCAAUGCAUUUGAGUAUUUGAAAAUGUAAUAAUUUAUUAUAAAAUUUAAUUCACCAUCAUUUUUUGCCUUUAAAACACUACAUACAAAUGUGCUAUAAUGAAUUCUGAUCAUGGUCUUUGUGUCAUAUAAUGCAAUAACCUGUAUUUGGAAAUGUUUACUCAGUUCAUUAUGGAUCUGUUUUAGGCUGGAAGUUAAAAUAUGGUUGAAUACAUUUUUUUUUUCUUUUUACAUAAAUACAGACUUCAGGAGUUUAGGUUUAAUUACCUCGGUUUUAAAUGUUACUGGAUAAUUUAUCCUUGUUCAAAUUUGUGAAAAUAUCACAAGUUUUGGUUCAUUCCAGAAUUGAUUUCUCAGUGAUAAUUGAAGAAGUGUGAUUUUUUUUUCAGUCUUCUUUCAUAAAUGAUAGUGGUAUUUGCAUAAACGUGCAGAUAACCUAUAAGUGCAUAACAAAUGAGAAAGGAGCUACCAUGCUUUCCAUGCUUCAAUUCUGAAAUGUCUUUAUCAUGCAGUAAAUGGAGUAUCACAGAGAAUUACCCACUGAUACUGAUGCAGGGAAUAGAUGACUUACAAGAAGUAAACAUUUAGAUUGUCUUCCCCAUUAGCAUUUACUCCAGGAUCUCUCUUGCUUCUGUUCAAAAACUUCCGUUUCUCAGCACUCCUACAGCGCCCUGUUCUCCGGUCAGACUGCUCAUCAAGCAUUCCCUCCUGCUCAUACCAGUAACUUCCCACAGCCUUUUGGUCACCGCUGAAGGAAAAAGGAAGAGGGAAAAGUGCUCUAGUGACAAAUGCUCUUUGGGUAAAUAGCACAAAGUCUGGGAACUCUGCAGCUUGGUUACUCUGGGGUAUCUCCUUUUCUUCUCUCUGCUCAGCAAACAUCCCUAACAGUCCUACUUUCCUCCUCUUACUUCUGUACGAAAUGACCCCAAAGAACAUCUGUACUUCAUCAUAUGAAUGCUUCUCUCCUGCGCUCCUCCGUUGUUCCUCGUAUACAUACAAAGUAGUGUUAACACAAGGAACAGCCCUGUUCAGCCACCUCAGUCUUCCUUUUACCUUCUGAGAUCUGAAGUGCCACCAUGACUCUGGUAUGUGACUGCUAACAUAUAAUACAAUUUUCUACUACAU